CGAAAGACUUCCUGUGGCGGAUCGAAGCCGACCGAACGCUACAGUUCGCAGGAGCGCGGAAAGCCGACAGGAGCGGCGAAGCGUGAAAUCGCGAUGGCGACCCGCGAGCAGGCCUUCCUCGAGACGUUCUUCGUCGCGAUCAGUCAGUUUGCGUUUGACAAGGCGAAGGAUCUCGUCGAGAAGGAGAAGGAGGCGUACCGCACCUACGUCGGCUCGACGUGGUUCCAGUUCCUCAUCACGCUCGUGCCGUUUGCGCAGGCCGAGAAGUCGUACGCGUGCCUCCUGUUCCUGCUGCGCCGCGGCCUGUUCGGCACGGGUCUCGGCACGCGCGACAGCGGCGUGCGCGCCGCCUACGACUCGAUCAAGACGGAGCUGCGCAAGAUCGAGGACGCCGGGCGGCAGCUGGCAGGCGGCGGCACGAGCGUGUCACUCGAGAAGCUCGUCUCACACCUGUGCGGCCAGCUCGGCCACCUGGUGGACGCGCGCGGCGACGCGAUGGACUUCUACGAGCGGCUGCACGCCGUCGGCUCGCAGCGGCAGCUGAACAUCGACGAGAUGCUUGAGCAGCUCACCGCGCUCACCGCCGCCCACCAGAAGAGCUUCCACCACCCGCUGCUCGGACCCGUCAGGUCGAGCUUCCACCUCGAGAUGGAGGUGCUGCGUAACCUGCUGCAGGCGCAGCUGCACAUGUCGCGCUGGCGCUUCCUGCCGUCGCUGCUGUGUCUCAACGACGCGCACGCGAAACUGGCCGCGUGGGGCCCCACGCUGCAGCACAAGGAGGUGUCGACGUUCAGCUUCAUGGGCCUGUCGCCGCGGCACACUGCCGCGCCCGUCCUCUACGACUGGCUGCGCUCGUACCGCGCCACGCUCGUCUCCAAGUUCACGCUCUACUUCCACGAGGUGCUCGGCAAGCAGACGGCGUCGUCCGAGAUGAAGCUGCUGACGGCGCGCACGUCCGUCGACUACCACGCGAAGAUCGUCUCGUUCCAGCGCAAGUCGGACGCGUACAGCGUGUCGCUCGUCUUCGACACGCACGGCGCGCAGCCGGCGACGUUCGACGGUCACGGCUACCACCACCCGGCACGCGUCGCGCAGCGCCCGCUUGGACUCGACAGCUUCCCGGCGAUCUUCUUCUACCCGCCGAGCGAGAAGCCGACGGCGCACUGGGCGAGCGUCGUGCGCAUCAUGACCGACCACAAGGCGAGCGAGCUGAGCGGCAUGGACCGCGUCGUGUCGUUCUACGACCGGCACGUGCAGACGACCUACUUCAUGAUGGCCGCCGAGGCGCACAUGACGCUCGUCGUCAUCUUCGACUGCAAGAAGUCGGAGCGCGACUCGUACGUGACCAACUUCAUCGUCGACAUGUGCGGCAGCCUGCGCGGCACCAAGCUCUUCGCCAGCCUGAAGCCCGGCGUCAAGUAACGCGGGGUGGCGGUCCGGGCCAGGGUUGAAGGCGGGGUUCGGGAAGAGGCUUGAGUGGA